AUGAAACGACUCGUGUAUUCGCUCGUUCUAUUCACGAGCUUGGGAUGCAAAGCCGAUAAUUGGCAUGAUCCGCGCAUGGUUUAUGGUUUUGACAAUAUCGAACCCUCGGCCAAUCUUACGUGGACUUCAUGUUUUGAUAACUUUACAUGCUCUAGACUGGAAGUUCCUUUAGAUUAUUCGAACAGAAGUCUUGGUACGACGUCAAUCGCCUUCAUUAAACUGGCUGGCAAGAAUGCCACCGUGAACUCUCCAAGUAUUGUACUCGUCCCCGGCGGUCCGGGCGCUUCUGGCGUCGACCUGCUCCUUGGGCAAAGCAGCACCACAGGGCAAAUCUUCGGAGAGCAGUACAACGUGAUCUCCUUUGACCCUCGCGGUGUCAAUAACAGCGGCCCGCGUCUCGACUGCUUCUCGGGGAGCACAGAAGCAAGGUUGACUUUCAAUCGUCUGCACCGUACAGGCGCUACCAAUAUCUCUUCAACCUCGCUUGAGGAGCAGUACUAUUCAAGCUCUAUCUACGGAGAGUGGUGCAACGACGCUGCUGAAAAUCAGUCGCCCCAUGGAUAUUAUGUGACUACGCCAGCGGUCGCGCAUGAUUUACUCACAUUUGUAGAGGCAGAGGCCGAGUUGGCGGGUCAGUCACCAUCAGACGCCAGACUAUGGUGUUAUGGAAUCAGUUACGGUACCGUCAUUGGCACCACUUUCGCUUCCAUGUUUCCCGACAGAGUUGGGAGAAUGAUACUCGAUGGUGUCUUGGACGCAGAACAAUACUAUGAUAAUGACUGGAGGGACAACGUCGAUCAAAUGGACGAGACCAUGGAAAUGUUCUCAAGCUUCUGCCAUUCUGCAGGACCUGAGACGUGUUCGUUCUGGGGACCCACGCCAGCGGACAUUACAGCCAGGAUGGAUUGCAUCAUCGAUCAGCUUCAGAACCAUCCGGUUGCGCUAAGCGGAGUCCAAAGUCGAAACCUGCCGGAAUUAGUCACCUAUUCGGACCUAAAGGCCCUUUUCAUCAAUGCCACCUACGCCCCACUAGCGUCCUUCCCAGACAUGGCCGACAUCCUACACCAGCUCGAGCAUGGGAACGUGUCUUCUCUAAGAGGCAAGUUUGUCGGGCAGGAUAUUACGUCCGACGCCCGUCUCGUUAUUCAGUGUACCGAUUCGUACCGGAGAAACAGGCUUACUACCAUUAAAGAAUUCGGGAGUUACGUCGAGUAUACGACUUCCAAGAGCAAGUAUAUCGGUGAUAUUUAUCCUAUCUUCCUGGAGACUAUCUUGUGUAGAUCAUUCCGACCACAAUUGCCUGAUAGCAUGGUGGUCCAAGGGCGCGUAAGAUGUCUUCUCGAUUUCCCGGGUCGAUACUUCUAUUACAAGAAGCUGUUGGUGGCCGUGGUUUGGGACUCCGCCACCUCCCUCGAUGGCUUGUUUACAUGCAAUGCUCGUGCCACGGAAUAUCGAAAACGACCUACCGUGUUGAAGUACAUUAACCGCAAUUCCCUCCCCUUUUGCCGAUCCCGGCCCCAUAGUUACUUUGACAGCGGCUAUAUCUCCCCGAAAACAACACGCACCACCGCUUUUGGCAGAAAUCAAAAGGUCACUAAGCCUACCAUGACAACACCCAGCACGAACGCGGCCGGAGAGCCCUUCAAUCUCAAGAAAAUAUGGACCAACAGCCGCUACCAGCUCAAAGUCAUGGCGACGCGCGAUGUCGAGGCCGACACCCAGUACAUGGACGCCUUUGAGGUUGCCGGAAUGCCCGCCAUAGCUGUCGACAAGAUCUAG